AUGUUCUCGCAGUCCGGGGAUGUGGAGAUCGUGAUCGCGACGCAGGAUGGGCGGAAGGAGAACCGGUAUGUGCUGCAUCGGCAGACGCUGUGUCAGUGCUCUGGCUUCUUUGAUGCAAGCACGAGAGUAGAAUGGAGUGGACGGCAGGGGGAUGGUGGAGGUGGGGGAGGGCUGGCGAGGAUCAAUGAGGUGGACAGCGCUGUUGGAGGUAGCUCGAGAGCGAGCAGUCAGGAACGGAGGCCGUCGUUUCAGCAGCAGAGUGGGAAGAGGUGGCGGUAUGUGCUGGAUUGGAAGAAUGUGAAUGAUGAUGAUCCACCUUUGCUGGUGCAGAGAGAGCAUGCAGCAGAAUCACUUUUCGGCGGUGGUGGUGAUAGCAGAUCUGCAUCAGCGCAUACACGUCCACCGGCAGCGAGCGAAGGCUUCUUCAGGAACAUGCGCGCGCUCGUCAGCAGCGACGACACCCGCUCCCAAGCCGGUGGCUCCCUCGUGGAGCCAGGCGAAGAAGUACUCAAGGACUACGACAACCUCUUCCGAACCAUGUACCAGCGCCGGCCCAUCCUGGACGGAGUCAACAUCGCCACCGCCUACACCGAAUGCAAAGCCCUCCUCCACCUCGCAGACAUGUACGACGCCUUAGACGUCGUUGGCGAUAGGGUAGACCACCACCUCCUCUGCUUCGGCGCCAAACUCUUCAAGCAAAUCGCCCGCUAUCCGCCUUCCUACCUCAAGCUCGGCUACUUGGCCCGCUCGCAGAAGAUCUUCAGCGAGGCUCUCAUACACGUUGUCGGGCAAUGGCCGGCCGCUGCCCCUCAGCUCCGCAACCAAGUCGAGGCCGCAGUCAUGGACCUCAUCGAAGACAAAGCCGAAGAACUCGCUGAUCUGCAAGCACGCGUGGAAUCCAAACUCUGGCGUCUCACCCUCACUACCAGCCGCGGCGAGCGCGUCACGCCUAGUAACGACUUCCUCAGCUGGCUAGCCAUGAGCCUCUUCCGCCAAUGGUUCGCCGAGAACACCACCCCCGGCAUCUCGGGGAUCCUGAAACCCUCCUCCCGACCGUCUUCAAACUCCACACAACAACCCACCCGUCAAGCCAGCAGAAGCAGCAACCACAUCGCCUCCCAACGCCUGCCAGCGCCCGCGCCCACCCCCGCUUCCCCAGCAGCCCCCUUCAGCGUCGGCCGCGUGUUCCUUCUCCUCGGCUCCGCAUCGCCUUCCACGUACCUUGGGCACGACGAGACGAAGCGGUUCCUCAAGCUCAAUCCGGAUCUCUACACCAGAGAUAAUUUGCGGAGGUUUGAGAGGAGGGUUGAUGAAUUGAAGCAUUUGGCGAGAGAUGCGGUGAAGCCGCUGAUGAGGAAUUUUUUGGAGCUGGAUUUAAGUUCGUUUGGGCCUGGUGGGCUUGGGUAUCUUACGUGUACGAGGGUUGAGGGGACGGAUUUGCCUUGGGACGCCUGA